AUGCGUCUACAAGCUUUUAUUCUCGUACUCCUUGGGCUCGGAAAAAGCUAUGCGGCGCAUUUUUCGAAAACAUGCAGCUCUUUUGAGCUUGAGGGAUCCAUGCUAUUUGCCAAAUGCCAGGAAAGCCCCGACAAGGAACGCCAUACCACAGUUGAUUUAAACAAGUGCCUCGGCCAUAAAGAAGGCACUCUCGUCAGAGGAGGAAAAGGAGUGAUUGCCCCGUCUUCUCCCCUGAACCUUGCCAAUUGUUCAAAUCUGCUUCGAAUCUCUUGGGAUUCCAUCUUCCAGCUCUGCCCAAAUGCUAUAGAUAAUAUAGCUUGA